AUGGCCGCCGCCACCGCCUCCGUGCCCGUGAAGAUCGGAAUUAUUGGUGGAACUGGCCUGGAUGAUCCGGAUAUCUUAGAAGGAAGGACAGAAAAAUAUGUUGACACUCCUUAUGGCAAGCCAUCGGACGCUUUGAUAUUGGGAAAGAUCAAAAAUGUGGACUGUGUGCUCUUAGCAAGACAUGGAAGGCAUCAUACGAUUAUGCCAUCAAACGUCAAUUACCGUGCCAAUAUCUGGGCAUUAAAAGAAGAAAAUUGUUCCCAUGUAUUAGUGACUACUGCCUGUGGUUCAUUAAGAGAGGAAAUACAACCUGGUGAUCUUGUCAUAAUUGACCAGUUCAUUGACAGGACAACUAAAAGACAUUGUACUUUAUAUGAUGGACAACAUUCCACUCUCUCAGGAGUAUGUCAUAUUCCAAUGGCUGAGCCAUUCUGCACCAAAACCAGAGAGGUUCUUAUUGACACUGCCAAGAAGCUGGGGCUCCAGUGUCAUUCCAAGGGGACAAUGAUCACAAUUGAAGGCCCGCGUUUCAGCACUCGAGCAGAAAGCUGUGUGUUUCGCAGCUGGGGAGCUGAUGUUAUCAACAUGACUACGGUGCCUGAAGUGAUCCUUGCGAAGGAAGCUGGAAUGAGUUAUGCUAGUAUUGCCAUGGCAACAGAUUAUGACUGCUGGAAGGAACAUGAAGAAGCAGUUUCAGUGGAUAAAGUUUUAAAGACGCUGAAAGGGAAUGCAAAUAAGGCUACAAGCAUAUUCCUUACUGCUAUACCUCAGAUAGGCUCCAUGGAAUGGACCGACACCCUGCACACUCUGAAAGUAAGUACACAAAUGAGGCAGGU